AUGAGCAACAACAACCCAACAGGAAUCAACGGCCAUGGCGUCAAGAAUUCUCCAACGUUGUACAAGUUGUCGCAAAAAUUCAAUGUACCAAGUGUUCGGCGGCUGCCCCCCGCUGAUAUCACUACACAAGCAGUUCUGGAAAAUGUCGCAAACGAUCCUUCACAAGGACGUGGGGUCAGGACCAUUGGCACCCUUCUUAGCAAUAAAGGGAUGCCUCUUCCACGAAUUGAAGUGUUCAAUGGAUUUAGGGACUUCAUUCGAAAUGUGCUGGCUAAUUAUGCACCCGAGGGCCUUCUUCGUCGCUUUCCUGGUGCCAAUAGAAUUCGUCGAUCUACCCUUUCAGCACUCGGACCUAAUCACCAGCACCACGCCGAUGGUCACAAUAAAUUGAAUGCUCAAGGCCUCGAUAUGGGUGGUGUAGGCUUGGGUAUCUACAGGAUCAAGGACCAAUGGUCCUCAUAUGUUCUUCACCUCAUUGUUGUCCCAAACAAUCGACUUGCUACUACAGUUGGGCACAUCCACCUUGAUUGUGUUGAAAACAUUCUCACUGUUCCCAUCACCCUCGUUACGGAUAAAGGUAGCGAGACUGGAGUGUUAUACGCUAAUCAAACAGGAUUACGUGUAAUGUAUGCCCCAGACCUUGACGAAAAUGAAUUCCCACCAGUAUUACAAAUGAGAAGUGUACACAACACGCCAAUCGAGGGACUGUGGCAUUGGUUUCGGCAAACAUUCGGCCAAAACAUCAAGGAUACUAUUCGCAGUGUAUUCCAAUGCGGAAUAGUGUUUGAAAGUCCGGUUCGGUCCGGUUUUUUGAUGCCCAGGGGCGUUAACCGUAACCGUAACCGGUCUGCCUUUUCCCCAGAAGUCAAAAGACCAGACCGGACCGCAAAAAGACCGCAGACCGCGGUUUUUUGCGGUCUAUAG